CUUAAAUCGAACAACUAAGUAGACCAAAACGUCGGGUAUUACACCUUUCGGUUUCAUCGUCUAUCGCGGAGGUAUAUAAAGCUGGGCGAAAGGCCCAAGAAAACAUCAGUUCUUGUUCAAUUGUUCUACCAACCCACCAGACCCACCAUGAAACUGUUUGUGAUCGCUGCCCUUUUGGCCGUGGCCGCCGCUGCCCCAGCCGGCACACCUUACGCCGGAUACAAAGCCCCUGAAAUCGCCAUCGUCGCCCAGUCGGAUGUCCGUAACGGAGACGGAAGCGGAGCGUGGAGCUACGCCGGAUCGGAUGGAACCACUCGCGACGAGUCUUAUGCCCAGAAAGCCCUUCCAGGCUACAAGGACGCUUACGGAAAAGAAUCUUACGAAUCCGGAGCUGGAAACACCAACAAGGGAGCUUCCUAUUACAUUUCCCCUGAAGGCCAGAAGAUCACUUUGACCUGGGUCGCUGACGAGGGCGGAUUCCAACCCAAGGGUGACCACUUGCCAGUUGCUCCCGUUCACGUUUACGAGCUCCCAGUGGCUCCCGCUCUCCCCUACUCCCGCACUGGACCUGGAUACUAAAUAUUCGAAAAUACUCUUUCUGAUAUCUAAUUGCAUAAUCCGUCGGUGAUGAGUAUUCGACGAGCUCGAGUCCAAAUCGUGCCGAGAUAAUAUAUUUUUCGGGUGUUUGUAAUUUUAGCUAAAUACUACGUGCUGCUCAUUAAUUGAUACUCUCCCUUUUGGCAGUUCACAUAGUCGUAAUCCAUCAAUUUCUCCUACUAACCUUCACGCCCCCCCCUUCCCUUCACCCUCAAUCCCAAUGAUGAGAAACUAUUAGCUCCAAAAUUAUCGUUGGAAUUUUAGAAAAAACAAAAUAAUAAUUAUUGAAAUACAUCAUGUCAGUUUGAUGCUAA